CAAGAUCACACAUGACUAUAUUUAGGCUUACACAUUGAGAGAAUUUGAUGAGUCAAAGUGCUUAAAUGAACAGUUCCAAAAGUCAAAAGUGGAUGAAUAUAGCGGGACGGAGGUAGUACAUUUGCAAGCUUAAUUAAAUGACUUUGACCAGAAUAAGUCUUUCUAGGGUUUCCAUUAGGCUCUAUCCCUACCACACCCACAAACAAAAUGAUCUGCAUUAAUUUGAAUGAACUUUCAUCUAAAUGCGAUGUACUACCAUAUGUUCUUUGAAUGAAACAAACUGCAUAUUGUAUAUUACUAGGAUACUCUGUCCGUCUCAUGAAAAAGUUUUACAUUUUCUUUUUCAUUUGUCUCAGAAGAAGUUUGCUCUUUCCCUUGGGGAAUUUUGUGGUUCACACAAUUUGUCCUUCCUCUUCACAAAACCCAACCACACACUUCCAACUUUAUUAAUAACCGUUCCUAAUUAGCCAAUAUUUUGUAAUGCCUUAUUUAGUAUCAAAGAGAUCUAUAUCUAUUUAAGAAAAAUAGAACAAAGUGCAGUUAAUGCUCCCAUUUUCUGCUUUAGAGCUAGAUAUGGUGUGCAACUUGAGAGUGGUCCUUUUCAAAGACGCACGGCUGAUUUCCUAUGGAUGAUGAUUUUUGGAACCUUAUCACUGCUGGUUUUAUCCUUUAUCCCCUACUUCUGGAGCCCAUUCUUGGGAGUAUCACUUGUCUUCAUGCUUCUAUAUGUCUGGAGUAGAGAAUUCCCGAAUGCCAACAUCAAUAUUUAUGGACUUGUGACAUUGAAGGCGUUUUAUCUCCCGUGGGCCAUGCUGGGUUUAGAUGUGAUCUUUGGGUCACCAAUUAUGCCAGAUCUCUUAGGCAUCAUAGCUGGCCAUCUGUACUACUUCCUAACGGUGCUGCAUCCGCUUUCCACUGGGAAGACCCUGCUGAAAACACCAAAAUGGAUACACAAAAUGGUUGCAAGAAUGAGAAUUGGUUACCCGACGAGGAGUAACCGCGCAGAGCCUGAGAGGAGUUCGGGUGUAGCAUUCCGCGGGCGAUCUUACCGUCUUUCUGGGUGAAGAAAAUAUGAUGUUCAAAUUUUUUGGAAUGGGAAAAUUACUCACAGUUGUUAACACAGAUAUGCUGUUUGGAGAGGACAAAGGAUUAGGUAUACAAUAUGUUGUCAAACAGUUUGAAGGUGAUGUCACCGAUUUAAGUCUUUUGCUUUCUUUUUAUUCCCAACAUUUUUCUAAUGCCACUGGGUACAAUUCAAUAGAGUAUUAUUUUUCAUUUCUCCAUAAAUUUCAAUGACAUUA